AUGAGGAUGAUCAACCGGCUGCCGACCCAAUUGGGUCGGAGGAUGUAUUCUGCACCUGCUGGAAUCUCGAUACCGGCUGCAAAGAAGAAGUACAUUCCCUCCAGUGGCACCUAUCCUCUGGGCUUCAAGGUCUCAGGCACCGUUGUCGGAGUCAAGCCCAGCAACACCACAAAGCCAGACCUGGCCUUCAUCACAUCUGAUCGCCCCUGUGCCGCCGCCGCCGUCUUCACCAAGAACAAAUUCCAGGCGGCACCCGUCACAUUUAGUCGCGCAUUGCUGCAGCAGAAGGACAACUCGGACCUGCAGGGCGUGCUCAUCAACUCGGGAUGCGCCAACGCCGUCACUGGCAAGGGCGGACUGGAGGAUGCCGAAGCCAUGGCCACCGAGGCCGACAAGGCCCUCGGUGCCGACAAGGCCACCAUUGUCAUGAGCACUGGAGUCAUUGGACAGAGGCUCCCCAUCAAGAAGAUUUUGGACAAUGUGCCCGUGGCCUACCAAAAACUCGGUUCCACUCAUGACCACUGGCUGACAUGUGCCACUGCCAUUUGCACCACUGACACGUUCCCAAAGCUCAUCUCAAAGUCCUUCACUCUGCCCUCGUCACCCUCUAUUGAGUACCGCAUCGCUGGUAUCACCAAGGGUGCCGGCAUGAUCCACCCCAACAUGGCCACCCUUCUCGGUGUCAUUGCCACGGAUGCCCCCAUUGCUCCCGAGCUGCUUCCGGGUCUGCUCAAGGGCGCUGUCGACAAGUCUUUCAACAGUAUCACGAUUGAUGGAGACACUUCGACCAAUGACACGGUGGCUCUUCUGGCCAAUGGUGCUGCCGGUGGCCAAGAAAUCGCUUCCGAGAACUCGCCAGACUACCAGGCCUUCAAGCAGGCCCUUUCCGGCUUCGCCACCGAACUUGCCCAGCUCAUUGUUCGCGAUGGAGAGGGUGCCACCAAGUUUGUCACCAUUCGGGUGACUGAGUCGUCGAGCGAGGAGGGUGCACGCAAGAUUGCCAGCACCAUUGCCAGGUCGCCACUGGUCAAGACAGCUCUCUACGGCAAGGAUGCAAACUGGGGACGCAUUCUGUGCGCUACUGGAUACUCUCUCAUUACGGAGCCGGGGGCCGGUGUGAACGAGGUUGCCGAGAUCAUUCCGGAAAAGACCAACGUCUCCUUUAUGCCCACAGACGGUAGUGCUGAGCUGAAACUGCUUGUCGACGGCGAGCCAGAGGCUGUUGACGAAGAGAGGGCAGCCCAGAUUCUCGAGCACGAAGAUCUGGAGAUAUUGGUCCGCUUGGGCACGGGCAAGGAGCAAGCCACAUACUGGACUUGCGACUAUUCGCAUGAAUACAUUACAAUCAAUGGAGACUACCGCACAUGA